UCGAAGUGCUAUUUGGCCGACAGCGCUGUCUAGGUUUAACAACACAUGCUGAAUUCGGGCCUCAUAUUUGUUCUCAAGUGCCACCAGAACACAGUGCCACCAGAACACAGCGACUUCAUUCAGUGCGGGGCGCAAGAUUAUGUAUUCCACGUACCAACGGCGCCAUCCAGCUUCAGCUGCGACAGCCAGACAUUUCUUGAAAGCUGCGGCGAGCAUCUGCUUUUGUUGUUGAUGGCGGAACAACGAUAUUUAUAUGACGAUUUCACAAACAUUGCACACUACAUACUCGAAAAAAUACCAUCGAGUAACUUACAAGGGAAGCGUUGAUCUGAAGACCCGCACGCUGCAAUGAAGUUCUCAGUGUUACCAAUCGUUCUUUCGCUGGCCAGCUGCGCGAGAAGUGAUAUUGUGUUUACAAAUGAAGGUCCCAUCAAGGGCCGUUUCGUGAAAGUACUCGAUAAUGAGAUCAAAGAGUUCCUGGGCAUUCCGUACGCUAAACCACCUAUUGGGAGCCUGCGCUUCAAGAAACCGCAAGCUGCCGAGCCAUGGCACGGAGUGUACGACGCAACACAAGCCAGGGACUCCUGCGUGCAGCCUGUUUACUGGGAAGUUUUUGAAAUACCAACGGCGCUUUCCGAGGACUGCCUCUACCUGAACGUCUGGAAACCGUUCUCGUCGACGCGGUAUGGGUUUCCCGUCUUAUUCUGGGUCCACGGUGGCAUGUUUCAAGUUGGUUCGGCUUACGAAGCGAGGUAUAACGGCUCCGCCUUGGCAGCGCUCAAUAACGUCGUGGUCGUCUCCUGCAAUUUUCGCCUUUCUUUACUGAGCUUCAUGGACCUGAAUCACACAAUGACUCCAGGUAACUUGGCCUUGUGGGACCAACGUGCCGCGUUGCAGUGGGUGCAGCGAAACAUACGGGCGUUCGGAGGAGACCCCGGUAGUGUCACUGUCUUCGGCGAAAGCUCAGGCGCCAUGCUAAUUCACGGUCACAUUUUGUCGCCACACAGUCGCGGGCUUUUCCACAGGGUUUUCCUGAUGAGUGGCUCCAUGAGCACUGACAGCUGCGUCAACUCCGUGCCAAAGAGCAUCGCUGGCGUGAAUAGAAUCUCAGAGGCCUUAGGCUGUGGCAGGUACGAAGGAGCUACGGAUCCUGCCGAGCUGCUAGAUUGCCUCCGGGAUCUACCCGCACAAGACAUGUGCGCUGUUAAAUCGGGGAUUUUGCGACCGACAUACGAGAACGAGUUCAUCCCGUGCCGACCUUCGUUUGCUAUGAAAGAAGGAUACUUCGAGAACUACGACGCUAUGGUGAGUGUCACGGCUAACGAGGGAGCCUUCAUCUUCAGCAUUCAUCCGGACGGAGGGGUGCUUAACGAUGAUUUGAGUUCUUAUGAUUUGAAAGUGCUCAAAGAUUCACUCAAACUUCCUUUUGAUCCCCUUUGUUACGAACGUACACUCUUCUCCUGCCAUCACCUACAUUGACAGCAUUCACUUUGAAAACAAAGAUGCGCUGAGGAACACUAUUGCAGACAUUCUGGGUGACCGACUAUUCUACUGCCCCUCAAGAGCCUUCGCAGAACAGUAUUCUUCCAAGGGAAACAAUGUAUACGCAGUCGUUUUUGGACACCGUUCUGAAAAAUCACGGCUGCCAAAGUGGUUUGGCGCGACGCAUCUGCAAGAAGUGGAGUUCGUGUUUGGUAUUCCAUUCUUGAACGAGUUGAACUACACUGACAAGGACAGGGAGUUUAGCACGACCGUUAUGGAAAUGCUGGCAUCAUUCGCUCGGUCUGGGAGACCUACGCUUCCUAACGGCGAGGAAUUGCCUAAGUUCGCACCCGAGCAUCCGGACUUUAUGUGGCUCGAGGCGGGAAAUUACACCGUCGUCGAAGACUUCGCCGCAGCUGCCUGCGAAAUGUGGAAACACUCAUUCUGAAACUCUUUUAGAGCACGUAUGGCCAAGACCUCUGACGGCUCGUUGUGAUAAGUUCUUAAGAAAGCAAGCAAGGGUGUGCAAAUGGUAGGCACUAGUGCAUAAAGCCGUGAACAUGCUGUUUUUCUACGAGUUUUGCACACGCUGUAUAUGUAGUUGAGUUGCUGCAUUUUAAAAUCACGGGAACACUGACAUGUGCAUGUGCACUCAGUCUCGACAGUGCUUGACAGCCUUCAUGUCGGUAAAGGUGAACAAGUAAACAUGGUCCCGUAUGUAUGCGAGAUGUUCAGCGAUACUUGUGUAUGCUUCAUCAUUUAUGGCUAAACGAAGUACGCCUUGUACCAUCGCUACUGGACCAAGCAUUGGAAGAUUGGUUUGGUAGUCACGACUGUCAAUGUGCCAGCAGUAUUGCCUUGCGAUGAUAUUCCAGUUAGGGGACAUCCAAUGUUCUCUGCGUAAUAUCUGGGAAGAGAUUGGACAACAAACGUCAUGCAUUUUAAUUAAUCUGGUGAAGAAAUAUAUGUACGCUAUGUCUUGACGCUCAAACGUACCUAUGAUUGAUGUAAGCUGGACUGCCGCAUCUCAGUUUAAGCACCGCUCCUUGAUUUUUUCUUUCAACUACUCUUGAGGCACGCACUAAAAAGUGGCCCAUUUCUUUACCCAUUUGCGAUGUUGAAUGCCAGCCAGCAAUGCUCUGAACGACAUAUGCCACAGUAGUGUAUAUAUAACGUAUUUAUGUAUUAUUCUCAUAAUUAUUGAAGUUUCGUUCUUGUAUGCAUUUAUCAAGUGUUGUUUUCCAUUUCUGACAUGUAACAUGCUUCGCCCCUCUGUAAUGUGAAUAC